AUGCCUGGCAUCAAGCGUUCCAGGCCAGCGGAGGAUGCAGCUGCUAGCUCCUCCAAGUCCAACUUCACCAAGAAAACCAAGAGCUCUUCCACCCCUAGUGCUUCAAGCUCGGCACCCACCACCUCGCUCCUCUCAGCUCAAGAAGUCGACUUCCCCCGUGGUGGCAGCUCCGGCCUCACCCCCCUCGAGUUCCGUGAAGCUAAGCGUGAAGCUCGUUCCGAAUCGACCGCCAACGAGCUCCUCUUCAAGGAUGCAAAGGAUGUUCAGGCUGAAGCGAAGCGAAACAAGAACAAGCAGAAGUUCAACAGGGAGAAGCGCAACGACGCCAAAAAGAAGCGAGCCACAACCGAAGUCGUGAGGCCAGCGGCAGGAGAGAAGAAGGAUCAUAUCCGUAUCGAACACAUCAACUACAAGCGUCUCAUUCCUGGAUCGAGAUUGCUUUGCUCCGUGCUGGCAAUUCACCCGCUCGCUGUGGUCGUUUCGCUGCCGAACCAGAUGCUUGGUCACAUUCCUGUUACACAGAUCAGCUCUCAGUUCACACAACGUUUGCAAGCUGCUGCGGAUGCCAAUGCUGAAGAUGACAGUGAUGAUGAACAAGACGACGAUGACGAGGACGAGAGCAUGGACGAGGACAGCGAUGGCGAGGAGCCUGCCAACCGCACAUCCAGCAAGAACUCCAAGAAGGACGCCAAAAAGGUUCCUGAGCUGCGUGACCUCUUCCACGUUGGUCAGUGGCUCGUUGCCAGCGUUGUCCAGGUUCGAGGUGGUGACGUUGCCAAAGGUCGACCCACUCGUGAAGGCGGCGAAUACGAAAAGGAGUCUCGUCGUGUAGAGCUCUCCCUCGCACCUCACCUCGUCAACACCGGUGUCACCCUCUCCGAUCUCGAUGCAGGUGCCACCCUCUCUGCCUCCAUCUCGAGCGUCGAAGACCACGGCUACAUGCUCGACAGUGGCAUUCCUGAGUUCCGCGGCUUUGUCCCCUUCGCUGAUGCUGCCAAGCUUCCUUCCAGCUUCCACGCAAGGAAGAACGGAAAGUUGCUCCAAGUCGGUAGUGUUGUCUUUGCCAAGAUCACCAAGAUCCCCGAAAACCGUCGAAGCUUCGAAGCUACAUUCGAUCCCAAAACUGUCUCAACCAGUCCAAUCAAGCACGUUCCCAGCAUCACCUCUAUCCUUCCGGGCACAUUGACAAAGGUACUCAUCACAGCGGCGUUGCCAACUGGACUCAACGUCAAGCUGUUCGGCAUGUUCGAUGCUACCAUUGACCGGUUCCACUUGCCACAGCUGCCAGAGGGCAAGGAUAUCCAGGAUGUCUACAAGGAGGGAUCCAAGCACGUUGCACGUGUGUUGUGGGACUUGCUCGCUCCUCCUUCGACCGCGUUGCAGGGUGAUAAUCCAGACCACGAGCGCAAGUUUGGUCUUUCCUUGGCUCCUCAAGUUCUCGCUUUGCAGGCUCCUGUUGCAAAGGACCAGCAGCUGUUGCAGCACGCUUACCCCAUUGGUGCACCUCUUAAGGUGAAGGUCGUGCAAACGAUCAACGACUGGGGUCUCAUUGUCUCGAUUCACAACACUGAUCUGCGCGGGUUUGUGCACAUCUCGCAAGUCUCAGAUGACCAUGUUGUCUCGUUGCCUCCCUCUUCGGGCCCCUUCGCCAAGGGCACUGAACACAAAGCUCGUGUUGUCGGCCACUCUCCCACUGACCGCACCCUUCAGCUCUCACUCAAAGCUUCCGUCUUGGAGCGCAAGUUCAUGCGCGUUUCUGAGGUGGAGGUCGGCGAAAUCGUCAAUGCUAACAUCAUCAAGCUCGGUCUUCCCAACACUAUCUUCCUCCAACUCCAUGGUCACGUCGACGGUGUUGUUUUCGCAAACCACUUUGCCGACGUCAAGCUCACCCACCCCGAGAAGCGUUUCAAGCCCGGACUCCAAGUCAAGGCUCGCGUUAUGGACGUCGAUCCAAGCCGCAACCGUAUUGUUCUCACCUGCAAGAAAUCGCUUGUCAAGUCUGACCUCCCCAUCGUUGCAUCGAUGCAAGAUGCACGAGUGGGUGUUGUGACACAUGCAACUGUCUUCCGUGUCCAGACCAACUCUCUCAUCGUCAGCUUGUUCGGCGGAUUGAAGGCACUUGUGCCUGGAAGAGAGGUCAGCGAGGAUGACUUCAAUGACGUCAAAGAUUCGUUCACCGAGGGCAAGGUGGUCAAGAUGAGGAUCACCGAAGUUGACUACGAGAACCAGAAGCUCGUGGGUAGCAUCAAGCAAGCUUCUUCUGAGUACUUGGCCAAGCUCAACGUUGAUGCGGUUGAGGUGGGUGAGAAGGUGACGGGUAAGGUCGCUGCUGUGCACAAGGAGGUUGUUGUGCUUUCGCUUGUGCCUUCUGGUGUGCGUGCGCUCUUGUCGCUUUCCGUGUUGGCUGCGAUGCGAGGCACCACUUCCGAGGCUCUGCUUGAGAGUCUUGAGGAGGACCACGAGAUUGAGGACCUUGUGGUUUCGGUCAAGAACCCGGCUAAGGGCAUCGUCAUUGUCGCUGACAAGGUUCGCUCCGGCAAGUCCACCGACCAUUCCGCCGCCAACGGAACCGCUACUUCAGCCCAAGUCAAGCAAGGAGCAGUAGUCCAAGGCCGAGUCAUCGAAAAGAACUCCAAAUACCUCGACUGCAUCGUCGCACUGGGCACUGCCACUCGUGCCAAACUCCACAUCACCGACCUCUCCGACAACUACUCCAGCGAUUCCUCCACCCUCCCUAACCCCGGCCAGAGCGUUUUAUGCUACAUCCUCUCACUUAAACCCAACGGUAAAUCCGCCGUCAUCUCCACCCGUCCAUCCCGUACCACUGGUUCUGGCGGCAUCGUCGACCCUGAAAUCAGCUCCAUCUCCGAUCUAACCAAAGGUCAAAAAAUCCGUGGAUUCGUCAAAGCAAUCACCAACGUCGGCCUCUUCAUCACUAUCGGACGCAAGCUCGACGCACGUGUCCAAGUUCGCGAGCUUUUCGACGAAUUCGUUCGCGACUGGAAAACCCGUUUCACCCUCGGCCAAGUUGUUUCGGGUACCAUCAUGGACCUCAACCCGGGCAACAACGAGGUUGAAAUGUCGCUCAAAUCCACCCCUGGAUCGAUCAAGCCUCGUGCCGAGAAGGUGGAGGAGCGUGCACAGGCGAUGCAGAAACAAAGGCCGAAGAGGUUGACUGAUUUCAAGGUCGGGGACAAGGUGAAAGGUUUUAUCAAGAACAUUAUCGGUUUUGGUGUCUUCGUGCAGAUUGAAGGUACGAAUGUGAGCGGGUUGGCUCAUAUGAAUGAGUUGAGCGAUGGAAAGGCGGACGAGGCGUUGAAGGCGUUCAGGGUGGGAGAUAAGGUGAGGGCGAUUGUGUUGAGGGUGAAUGAGGAGAAGAGGAAGAUUAGUUUCGGGUUGAAACCGUCGUAUUUCGAUGCUGCUGAUUUUGAGGGUAGUAGUGAUGAGGAGGAGGAGGAGGAUGACGAUGAGGAGAUGGAGGACGGCGAAGCCGCUUCCGACAACGACGAGGCUAAUGACGAAGAUGAAAAGGAGGAAGAAGACAGUGCCGACGAAGGAGACUUUGUCGAGAUGGACGAAGACUCUGAAGACGAAGAAGCCGCCACUUUCUCUUUCAAGUCCAAAAAGUCUUCUCUCCCCUCAUUCGCUCUCUCUGGCGGCUUCUCCUGGUCUGCAGGCGCCAACGACGACGACGAAGAGUCUGACCACUCCCUCUCAUCUUCCGACUCUGAUUCCGACUCGGACUCCUCCGCCACCACCGCCCGCAAAGCUGCGCUCAAGAAAUCCGAAGCCAAAUCCAAAUCCAAACGCUCCACCAACAUCGAAGAAGACCUCACCGCCGACCUAGCCUCUAAAGCUCCCGAAUCCGCCACCGAUUUCGAACGUCUCCUUCUCGGUUCCCCCAACUCCUCUUUCCUCUGGAUCCAAUUUAUGUCUUUCGCUCUCCAACUCUCCGAUGUCGACAAAGCGCGUUCCAUCGCUCGUCGAGCACUCAAAGUGAUCAACUACAGAGAAGAACAAGAGCGAAUGAAUGUCUGGAUUGCUCUCCUAAACCUCGAAAACACCUAUGGCUCAGAAGAAACCCUCGAAUCCACCUUCAAAGAAGCUGUCCAGGCAAAUGACGGUUUCACCAUGUACCUCAAAAUGGUCAACAUCCUCGAAGCCUCCAACAAGAUUUCCGGAGCUGAAGAGAUGUUUACUAAAGCCAAGGGAAAGUAUUCUACUUCGCCCGAAUUUUGGAUGGAAUACGCUCGGUUCUACCUUCGAACUUCUCAACCCGACCUCUCCCGUGCACUCCUCCCUCGAGCAAUGCAAGCUUUGGAGAAAAGGGAGCAUACAUACACAAUCACCGCUUUCGCCAUCAACGAGUUUAAGCUGGGCGAUCCUGAGCGAGGUAGGACCAUUUUCGAGGGCUUAGUGGAUAGUUAUCCAAAAAGACUCGAUUUGUGGUGGCAGUACAUAGAUCAGGAAUCGAGGUUGGAAGGGAAUCAGGAACAGGUAAGGAAUUUGUUUGAAAGAGCAAUGACGUUGAAAUUGACAGCGAAGAAGGGGAAGAGUUUGUUAAAGAAGUGGUUGGAAUAUGAGAAGAAGAACGGGGAUGGGAAAAGUCAGCAAAAGGUUAUUGGGAGGGCGAAGGAGUUUGUUGAUGAGAUCAAUCGGAAGAAUGCUGCUCAAGGAGAGGAGGGUGAGGGUGAGGAGUAG